UUUUAUUUGUUUUCCACAGCCGAGAUAAGGGGAAAAGAAGAGGAGAAAGAGAGAGACGCGGCUGCCUUCCUUUCCCUUCUCCUCUCUUCUCUAUCUCCUCUCGCCCUAGAUGUCACAUCCCCUGGAACACUGUCGUCCUUCCCAUGGAUUUCGAGGUCUACCUUUAGCUAGCAGGGCCGAUUCGUCGAUUCCGCAACCCUAAUCCAGGGAAAUUCGCUGUAGGGGUUGGGGGGAGCGGGGGGGUUAGGAUGGAGGACACUGCUAAGAUGGAGAGCCAUCUGUCAUCUGCAGCCGCGUUCGUUGAAGGGGGCAUCCAGGAUGCCUGCGAUGAUGCUUGCAGCAUAUGCCUUGAGGCCUUCUGUGACAGCGACCCUUCGGCGGCGACUGGUUGCAAGCAUGAGUUCCAUCUUCAGUGCAUUCUUGAAUGGUGCCAAAGAAGCUCGCAAUGCCCCAUGUGUUGGCAGUCCAUUAGCUUGAAGGAUCCUACAAGCCAGGAACUACUUGAGGCUGUGGAACAAGAGAGGGGCAUCAGAGUUAAUCGAUCGCGCCAUGCUACCAUUUUCCAUCACCCGAUGCUUGGAGAUUUUGAAUUGCAGCAUUUGCCAGUCGGUGCGGAUGAUGCUGAACUUGAAGAGCGUAUUAUCCAACACUUAAAUGCUGCUGCUGCAAUGGGUAGAGUACAUCACAUUGCUAGAAGAGAGAGUCCGCAGGGUAGGUCAGCGUCUCAGGGGCGAUCACAAUUUCUGGUUUUCUCAGGGCCUUCAAGUGGACCUUCUAUUGGCUCUGUAUCUGCAUCUUCUGCUCAUAGAUGGGAAAAUGAACCAGCCCCAGCUAUCACUGCUGCUAUUCCAUCAAUUCCCCUUGCUGCUACAGAAGUGGAAUCUAUACACCAGGAUGAGGUAAGCACAGGUCAAGCUGAUCAAGUUACUACCUUGCCAUCUGGAAAUAGUGUUGCUGCUGCUAACAGUCCCCGGAUUUUUGCUGGUCAGUCUAUGCCCGUCAGCCAGGAUAGAGCAGGACCAUCUGAUUUCCAUUCAUUUUCAGAGUCCUUAAAAUCUCGCCUCAGUGCGGUCUCAAUGAGAUACAAAGAAUCAAUAACUAAGAGUACGAGAGGAUGGAAAGAGAGGCUGUUCACCCGAAGCACUUCUAUAGCAGAUCUUGGUUCUGAAGUCAGGCGAGAGGUUAAUGCUGGAAUUGCCACUGUGUCACGCAUGAUAGAGCGCCUCGAAACAAGAGAAAAUGUUGGAGCAUCUGGAACCUCUGCCUCGAAUAGCGCUCAAACUCAUUCAGUUACAGAGACAAGUGAUGGGAGGGCUAUAGGGAGUCAUAUUAACAGUCUUCCGAAUGAUACCAAUAUAUCAGCUUCUUGUGCUGCAAAUUCAGAUGAAGAAGGAGGUACUUUACUGUUAGAAUACCCUAACUUUGAGAAGCAUGGUGGCAUUGUUUCAGGUCACAUUCUGCUAUGAAUUUUGGAUGCUGCAAGGGAAAAGUCAGAUGUGCAUGCUGUCAAGGUAACGGACUUCUGUGGGAACUUGAUUGAGUUGAUUCUUGCAUAUGGGUAUUGAGCAGGGGUCAAGAACUUCUAUUUCAAAAUCAGUACACGCCCCUUUGCUCAUAAACUUUGUCAAAUCUGUUGAUAGAGCAUCUAUUAACAUAUACAUUUAAAUAUCAUGUUCUCUUGUGAGACAAAUAAUGAGAACUUUGGACAAAAUAUUUUCUAUUAUUAUUGGUGAAAAAUUAUGCAAACCAUUAGGAGAUUUCCUGCAUGGUAAUUAACGGUCUAGUAUUAUCAUGUUUAUCUUAUGUUUUGAUGGAAUAAAAUGGAAGGCUGGCUUUUAGUUUC